AUGAUAGGAAGCUUAAUUUAUGCCAUGACCUGUACAAGGCCUGAUUUAAGUUGGAUUGUAAGCAGACUGUCUCAAACUCUGUCAAACCCCAGAACGGGAGAUUUAAUUGCUGCCAAACAUGUUCUAAGGUAUCUAAAGGGUACAGUGGAUUAUGAACUUUGCUUUAAGAAAUCUGAUGCUGACUUGCAGCUCACUGCUUAUAGUGAUUCAGAUUGGGCCUCUUGCCUGGAAGACAGGCGAAGUACUACAGGUUACUGUUGUACUCUAACUGAAGGAGGACCACUGAUUUCAUGGAAGUCGAGAAAGCAACCAACGGUUGCCAUUUCUACUUGCGAAGCUGAAUAUGUAGCUUUAGCAAAUACAGCUCAAGAGUGUUUGUAUCUAACUCAAUUGUUAAACGGUUUGUAUAAAAAAGUACAUCAGUGUAUAAAGUAUUGA